AUAUAUAUGGUAACCCCAAAACCCAUACAGAACCAAAAGCAAAAAAUCAAAGAAGUUGAGAGAAUGGGUUUUGAUGAGGAGCAUAUAGUGAUGCUACCAUUCUUGGCUCAAGGCCAUCUGAUCCCAUUCCUAGCCCUAGCCAAGCAAAUCCAGCAAAGAACAGGCUUCACCAUCACCAUCGCCACCACCCCACUCAACGCCCAAUACCUACGUUCUCCCCAACCUAACAGCAACAUCCACUUGGCCGAGCUUCCCUUCCGCAGUGAAGACUAUGGCCUCCCCCCAAACACGGAGAACUCAGAGAAUAUACCUCUCGACUUAUUCGGAACCCUACUCACUGCAUCGCAACAUCUAGAAGCUCCGACUCGCCGUCUAGUCUCGGACAUCACCGAAAAGGAAGGCAAGCCACCGCUUUGCUUAAUCUCCGACGUGUUUUUUGGGUGGGCUGUGAAUGUAGCAAAAAGCUCUGGCACCGUCAACGUCGCUAUCACCACCGCAGGGGCUUACGGCACGACGGCGUUUAUGUCCUUGUGGCAACAUCUCCCACAUUGUAGUGUGUCUUCAGACGAUGAGGAGUUCCACAUUCCGGGGUUCCCAGAACGGUGUCGUCUGACACAGUCUCACUUGCAUAAGUUUCUCAGAGCUGCCGAUGGUACGGAUUCUUGGUCGAGAUUUUUUCGGACGCAGACCUCGCUUUCGAUGAAGUCUUUUGGUUGGAUGUGCAACACCGUUGAAGAAAUCGAGCCGUUCGGAUUGAAAGUGUUGCGAAAUUACAUCAAGCUCCCUGUUUGGUCCAUUUUGGCUUCCAACAUUUCCAGCCAAAAAUAUUCCAGCAAGAAAUGGGGAAUUUCGGCAGAGAAAUGCACCGAGUGGCUUGACUCGCACAGUGCCGAUUCGGUGGUGUACAUCUCAUUUGGUUCCCAGAACACGAUCAGCGCCUCCCAGAUGAUGGAAUUGGCCAAAGGUUUGGAAAAGAGCGGGAUGCCUUUUGUCUGGGUCAUAAGGCCACCGGUGGGGCACGACAUGAAGGGCGAGUUCCGAUCAGAAUGGCUGCCGGAGCGUUUCGAGGAGCGAAUAAGGGAGAAGAAGCGAGGGUUAUUGGUGCACAACUGGGCCCCGCAGCUGGAGAUACUAUCGCACGUGGCGACGCGCGCGUUUGUAAGUCACUGCGGGUGGAAUUCGGUGCUGGAGAGCUUGAGCAGAGGGGUGCCGAUCAUUGGGUGGCCGCUGGCGGCGGAGCAGACGUAUAACUCGAAGAUGUUGACGGAGGAGAUGGGUGUGAGUGUGGAGCUGACGAGGGGUGUGAACAGUAAUGUAGAGGCGGAAGAGGUGAGGAGAGUGAUUGAGUUUGUGGUGGAUGAGAGUGGCGAAGGUGGUGAGAUGAGGAGAAGAGCUCACCAGCUCAUGGAGAAGAUAAGAGGAGCUGUACGGGAGGAUGGUGAAGCAAAGGGAUCUUCCGUUAAAGCUAUGGAUGAUUUUGUUACUGAACUUUUAUUACAGAGAGAAGAAAGAGGAUCAAAAAUCAAUUAAAUCUGUAUUUUUAAUUAGCUGUUACCUUGGCCGGAGGGGAAAAAAGAUCAAGGAGUUUCCAGUUCAAAAUAGUUGGUGUUUUUAUUUUUAUUUUUAUUUUUAUUUUUUUUUAUCUUAUUCAAGAAUCUCAUUUAUAGAGUCAUUUUCA